AUUUCAGUGCAGUUCUUAAUUUACCGGAAGGCUCCGGCUGCGGCUCUGAAUGUGAACGGUAUCGAAAACGAAGAGGCGGCGCCUCUGAUCCGGAGCUGAAGCUUUUAACGGGGAGCCCUGUAGGACCGGCCUGGAGAUUAAAAACUCACCUCUGUUCAAAACCACUUUUUUAUCACAUAUAAAAACAGUUAUUUUUAGUUUUUAUUUAUUAUCAUCUUUAAUGUUUACUAUAUUUUUCCUUUGUUUAUCUGAUUCUGAUAAUUUGUAGUUUUAAAAAUGAUUGUGUGCCAGUUUCGGACCAAGUCUGUAUGUUAUAGUUUCCGUUUGUCUUGACCAGAGGUCGCGUUAACGCAAUAUUUUCCGAAUUUUUCCGUUUUUUUCACACAAUGAAGGAAAAAUCUGAAGGCCGUCCGUCAUUUUUAACAGAUUGCAAUUAACACCCCUGACCUCUUAAAACCUGGUUUAUACUUCAAGUCGCACGUCUUUUCCCCCUGUUGAGUAAAAAUAUUAAUUAAAAAAUUGCGCAACUUCAGUCUGCUCUCCCGCUGCUAUCCCCCGGUGACAGCCGUCUUGUGCUUGGCCUCCAGUCAGAACUGUGCCAACAGGACGUUGCGGCUCUCAGUGAUAGGUCCAGAGUUUGUGGGCGUGUUUGUUAUGAGGCGCACCACAGCGGUACAGUGGUCCUCAGCUGUGGCAGUGCCGAGGAGUUGGAGCUGGACCAGAACAGGACUCGAGCAGCUCAAUUCCUUCUGUGUUUUAUUUUGUUUAAAAUGAUAUUUUUUUUGUCUGAAGCCAGUUUUAAAAAGAGCUCAAAGAGCAGCUGGUUUGACCCCGGCCCCAAGGAUGAACGUGAGCGUGCAGCUGCUUGCGGCUUUUUUUUCUCCCGUCCACU